GACGCACUACCAACUGGAUUGUCAAGUCUGCUACAUCAGUAACAGCAGCAUCAGAAGUUUUUGAUUUUCGUCUAGACUUUCUGACACACAGGUGUCCACAACAAGUAUGUGAAGAAAUCAGGGGUGGAGAGAACAGGCACCAGGCAACUUUACAGAAUCUUAGUAUGUUAAGCUGAAGUCUAAUAGGGAAGAACACGAAAUGCAUCGCUACAAUGAAUGCUGAUCUUUGAAACUAGAAUGACUCAGAAAAUGGAGUUUCCACGUAGAGUUGAGGAGUGGACAAAAGAGCAAGUUCACCAAUGGCUGUCUGAAGAACUCAAAGUAGACCAAACAUGGGCUGACAAACUGUAUGAGGAGGAAGUAUCAGGAAAAGAAUUAGUUUGCUACAAACCACGAGAUUUAUGUGAAUUAGGAAUUAAGCAUGGUCCAGCUGUAAGAAUCAUAAACACCUUAGAGGAUUUAGUAAAGUCUCAAGAGAACAAGUCAGGGACAGACAUUUCUCAAACACAAUCACAUUCAGAGUCUCCUAGAUGUUCAAGAAUAAAGCAUACCGAGACAAAGCCAGACACAUCCUCAAUGAAAACUGCUGUAUCAAAGAAUCAAAAGAAAUCACAAAAAAAAAAAAAUAAAGGAACUAUGCAGAAAGAUUUAUCCAAUCCUGAUACUUGCACAACUUCAGCACACAGAAGCAGUGCAAAUGAAGCAUCUUCGAGAAAUACAACUAUUCAAACAAGAGAAUUACAAGUGGAAGAAACCCUGUGCAAUAUAACUAAAACACAGACAACAGAAAUGUGCACAACAAUGACUUCACAAGGAGCAAAGAAUAAGGAAGAAAGUAAGGCAAAUGUUCCCUCUAGUAAUGUCCCUGCUCAGGUUCCAGAGACAUACCCCACAGCAGAAUCAAGAGAUGACUUUAAAAUAAAAGUCUCAAAUGCAGGAAAAGUAUCAGGAAUGAAAAUGGAUGAGAAGAAGCAAGGAAAAUCAAAACACCUAUGUAGUUUCUAUCCAUUUGACCAGCAGUCUGUCUCUCACAGAUAUAUUGAAAACUAUAUUUUACCACCAGAGUCAGGACCAAGUAAUCUAGUUGACCCAGUACAUGAAUACAAGUUUCUGGGAAGAGCAGAAGACAUUGACAUCAUGAAGAAAAAAAUCAACAAAGAGGUUUUUCGGUUUGCAGCAGGAUGCCUGAAUAGGAGGACAAACGGAACCAUCCAUUUUGGUGUAGCUGACUCCAAAGACUCUACAUAUUGCCAUGGUGAGAUUGUUGGGGUCAGUGUCAAUGAAAAUGAUGUCAUCAUUGAUCAUUUUAAUCAGGGCAUCAACCGGUACUUUGAAGACAAAGCUGACGAUGCAAAAAGGUGUAUCAGACAACCCCGCUUUGUGGAAGUGUUGAGCAGUGACAGCACCUCAUCCAGUAAAUAUGUCAUAGAGGUGGACGUUGUCCCAAGUUACAGCAUAGUUCAUGGUAAAAUAUAUUAUACCCAGACUCUGGAUGAAGAUAAUGAAUGGAGGAAAAGUAAAGGAAAAUCACUGUUUAUUAGGGAUGGAGCAGCAACCAGAGACAUAUGUAAAAUUGGGAACCCCAGAGAUUUGCAAGUUGAAUUAGCUAAAGUGAAUACAGACCUGAAUGUUCUAGACACAUUGAGAAAGGAGGCAGAAAAGAAGCCUGAAAGCAAAAGAAAAUUAAAUCAGGGAGAAAAGUUAAAGAAUCUGUUGACAUGUGGAGGUGGUACUCUGGAUCAUUAUGAUUACUACAUAAUUGUAAUGAACAAAAGCCACUCUGACCAACUGCAAAAUCUAAAGUUUCUGACUGCAUGGAAAUUAUUCUGUGUGUUAGACUUUGAUCCAGAUUCAGUGAAAAACGGAUCCUGUCACAGCUACAGAAAAAACAGAAUUGCAAAUCUUCACAGCCCAGGACAGUUUCAUGGGGAUCCAGGAUCAUUAAUACAAAAACUAAACUUGUACCAACAAACCAGCUGGGUGUUCUGCAAUGGAAGAGUGGACAUUGAUAAAGAAUCUGAUAAACCACUGCCUCCUAGUGAGUGGUUAAUACACAGAGCUGGUGAAGUGCAAGACAUGAUUUCCUUCCUCUGCCAUCCAGAUACUCUUCCAAGAGGGAGAUUCUUGGUCAUCUUCCUCCUUCUCUCUGUUGUUGAAGGCAUGAAUGAUCCAAUUUUUGACACUUUCAUGUCAUUUUACAAGAAUCUCGGGGGAACACAGAACAUCAUAAGCAUAUGCACAUCAGACAGUGCAUUUCAGAAAUGGAAAGACUUCAUCCAAAUCAGAACAGAACUUGACAUCAAUGGUCAAAGCAUCUAUGAAUUAGAACUCAGUGAAAUCAAUGGAACAAUUCUUGAACAACACAACCAGACAAAAGACAGACUUUUACCUUCUGUUGAUCGAAGCUCAGUGGUUCUAACACAAAUAGAUGAGGAUUCAAUGCCUGCUCUGGAAAUUCUGUGCCAGAACCAGUGUGAAAAUGUGUAUGAUGAGGAAAGUGAAGAAUUUGUAAACUUUAGGAUCAAAACAGAGGCAGAGUUCUACCGGGGUGACAAAGUAAAAUGGUGGAACUUUUACUUUUCAGAUAAAACUCCAACAAAACCUUUCAUUCAGCGUGACAAAUACACCCACGUUAAGAACAUGAUCAGAUCCCAAACCAAUGAGCCCACGAGUACAUGUGUCAUGGUGAAUCUUUUUCAUCACCCUGGAUGUGGUGGCACAACUUUAGCCAUGCAUGUGAUGUGGGAUCUGAGAAAAGAAUUCAGAUGUGCUGUACUAAGAGAUAACACAAUCUCAAAAACAGAAGUGGCACAACAAGUUAAUUACCUCAUAAAGUGCGGAAAAACAGAACGUUCACGUAAAACCCCGGUCUUGCUAUUGGUGGAAGACUCAGAAGAAACAGAGAACACACAAGAGUUGCAGCACUGUUUAAGGAAAAUCAUUGGUGAAAUGGACGCUUUUGUCGUCAUCUUGAACUGUGUACGUUCAAAAAGUCCAAAAGAAAAACACAAAACCAGUGUAACUGACAGCCAGUACAUCACUGCUGCUUUAUCAAAGGAUGAACAAAAUGCUUUUGAAGUAAAGCUUAAAGAACUUCAAGAAAUUCAUGACAAACCUGAGAACUUUUACAGUUUUAUGAUCAUGAAAAGUAACUUCAAUCAGGAAUAUGUGGCAAACGUUGCAUAUAACAUCUUAAGAGAUGUUGAUGUUGGAAGCAGAGAAGCCCAACUUCUCUCUAUCUUGGCAUUGCUUAACACAUAUGUGGCAGACUCAUCCAUUUCUGCGUCACUUUGUGAGGAUUUUCUUGGCAUUAAAAGAACACCCCACUGGAAAGAAUUUGUAAUGAAUAAAAUGGAGCCUUAUUCAUGCUUGUUAAUUGAGUUCCAAGUUGAAGAAUAUGGAGUGUACAAAGCUAUUCGCUUUGUUCAUCAACGUAUUGCAGCAGAGUGUGUCAAGGUAUUAGAGGAAAGGCACAACAGCCCAAGAGCUGACAUAAUCCUCAAUAUGCUGCACACUGACCUAUUUUUUGAAAGGGGAAUAGGCAAAGAUAACCUACUGCAGUCACUGAAGAGCAUGCUGAUCACACGGCAACGCAAGACAGAAGGUGAUGAGAAGGACACACUGUUUUCACCUUUGAUCGAAGACAUAAAAUCUGGAAAUGAUGGACCGAGAAAAAUUCAACACAUAUUAACUGAAGCAUCAAAGAGACUUUACAAAGACUUUACAAUCCCUCAAGCUUUAGCAAGGCACUACUAUCUCAAUGAAAGAAACUUCGACCUUGCAAAGGAAUGGGCAAACAAUGCUAAAACCAUCAAAGAAAAUUCGUACACUGUUGACACAGUUGGACAGGUCUCACGAAAUGAACUAAAACAUAAAAUGGAUAGCAAAAAGCAAAAACUUUACACGUCUGAUGAUUUGCAAGAAUUUCUUGAGCUAGCUAAAGCUGCAAUAAAAGCUUUCCAAAGAGCUCAAAUCUUGGCAAAGACAGACGACAAUGCUGAUAUUGAGGAGAGACGUCACUGGAAGCAAAACACCUACAAUAUAUCUGGAUACAUGAGUGAAAUUGACAUUGCUAUGACAGUCUUUGACAUUGUGAGGAGGCUUCCACUGUUUCCGGAGAAAGACGCCAUGAAAAAUGAGUACAUUAAGCAAUUUUUUGAAGGAAAGAUGCCACUGUCCUCAAUUCCCAUCGCUCAAACUGAUGCCAAUCAGAAACUUGUUGCUAUUCUGAAGGACUAUGAGCAAUUUCUUAUUUCCUUGAAGUCAUGUGUGGACAAAGCUUUUGAAUUCCUUGAAGUGUUCUUCACCUACACAAGAGAAAAAGGUGUGGUUGACAAAGAAAGGCAGAACAAAAACAGGAACUGGAUCUUUGAUCAUUAUAAAAACUACACCUCUUUGUUCUGUUCAUCAUCUGAGGAAAAACUGAGUAAACCCAAACUUAGCCUAAACAUGGAAAUAGAAGAAUGCAGGAUGUUCCUUAAAGAAAACAGAGCAAACUACUUCCCAAGAAUUCUCCAACUUUUGGAGGUCCGGAAAGAAAUGAUUGAACCAAUUGCUGAAAAACAUUCAUUCAUAUAUCAGAACUGUAAUGACAAAUCUCUUCAGGACAAGGCAAAUCAUUUGCUCACACACAUAAUCCUGAAAUUGAUCCAACCAAAAUCAAAAGUGGCAAAAUCCGAAAAAGAACUGACUGAUCUUUUGAAGGAAAUUUUACAAGAAGCUGGACUAUCGCAUCAGUAUCCAGAACCAUACUAUCUUGCACUGCUGUUGCUAUGGCCUGGAAAGAAACAGCCUGAUAAACAAAUAGCUACAUAUGUGGAAAAGAUAAGAAACGCAUCUCAAAAGCAACAUUCUCCCAUCUUGAGAAAUAGAGCCUCAAUUGCCCACUUAUAUUUGGGAAAAUCAGAUGGAUUAGACAGGUUGGUUUCUAAAACAGUCCUUGAUGGUUGUUUCAGUGAUAUUUCACGGCGAAAUAUUGUCUGGCAGAGCGGAGACAUCUUCAAGGAAAAGGCUAUUAAAGAGAAGCUUCUCAGAGUAAAUGGCAUUAUUGAGCAAAGACACCUGUACGCAGAGUAUGGCAAACUACAGAUCCCUGUCCGGCCUGCCUACCUUGGUGGAAUAAGAAGUGGGCACAGUACAGAGAAAGUGUCCUUCUAUGUAGGCUUCGCCAUUGAUGGACCGCUUGCUUAUGACAUUCAAUAUGAAGAUAGCUAGAUCAUCAAUAUAGGGCUUGCCAUCAAUGGACCUUGUUGAUGGAAGACACCUAGACCACAAACAAGACAAUCCUGUAUCUGUAAUUUCCUGUAUCUGUUGCACCAGUUAUUUUUUCCUAUGUAUCAAAAUAAUUUCUAUGUGAAAUCUGUAAAAUAUAUUGUUGAAAAAUGUAAACUUUGUUCUAGAAGAUAUCUGUGGUAAUUAGGAGAAGCCAAGAUAAGGGCAACCAACUGUUAAUUCUCUUCUCGCAGGACACACAUUUUUGUAUAAUAGAUGUUAUCAAAAUCUUUUCAUAUAGCUAUUUUGUGACUCACAAAGUGGUAAUAUUCACUUACAUGUAUUAUUGAUGCUGUUAUUUGGACUAAGUAGAAAUGUUUUUUGGAUACUUGUUUUUCUGUUUUCAGAAUAUGCAGUUUUGAUGCAACAAUGAAAACCUAACGAAGAAUCACACAUAAACUCUAUGCAGAAAAUACAGUAUGAAUACACAGUCUAACUCUAAACUGAAUUGAAAUCUACACAUGCUAAUCUGUAGAAUUCAUUUACCAAUGCACUGAAGUCCAAAUUUAGACAUUCUAUAUAUACUGUUAAAAAUGCAUAUAAAUA